CGGGAAUCACCCAUUAAGAUUGAAGAUUUAUUGUUCCUCGCAAAGACUCAUGGACAAAAGGUACGAGUACGAGUACGUACUCGUACUUAACAUACCGUAUGGGAGGGGGGACUCCUACCUGUCUUUUGCCCUCGCAUGGUCUUACCGUACGUACGUACCGUACAAAACUUGUACCGUAUGGUGCAUUUCCAUUCUGCAUUCGCUUCGUUACGGCGCGCCAAAAAAACGUGCCGCAAUAUCGUACGGUACAGCACUUUCAACGAACAAUUUUACCUGCCUGCCCCUGGUACCGGAAGGCUCCCUGUUUGAUACGCACUCGUACUAUCGUAUUCUGAAAAAGAUAGCUUGCAGAUACCGCAUCGCGAGCAGCAUUGUUUGCUCCCACAGAGGUGUCUUGCAGGUGUGUGUGAUGUUCAUGUGAUUGUCUGUAAUCUGUCGGAUCGACAACACUUUGGCAGCAACGACAACAAGAACAGCAGCAACAACCACAGCAACAACCACAGCGACCCCCCGAGAGGAACAGACACCGAGACAGCAAUCAUGGUGGAAGUCUACCAACCCAAGAAGAGACGGGGGAUCGCCGGCCAGAGAACCACCAGGGUGACCCGGACGCCGAAACCGUACUGGCCCGGGCUCGAGAUCGACGAACACGACCGCACCAAGGCCGGCGGAUGCAGCGGCCUGGUGGGUGCGCCGAAAGAGGGCGAGGGCAACAGCAGCCCGCCCGGUUCCGUCCGCGGGCCGACCGGGGGGGAGAUCCCGGAGCGAGACGCCGCCGGCCAAAAGACCGUAGCCCACCACGACGGGCCGCCGAGCGGGGUUUCUGCGGCUCCGGGAAAGAGCGGGUCCGCCGCGGGUCGGUUUCGGAAACGGAAGCGGAGGUCCGACACGAGGACGGGUGCUUCGGAAGGGAAUCCUCCGUUUCCGGGGCAUGGAGGUGCCUCCCGCGCCGGGGAUGGGGACGGGGCAGAGGCUGGAAGCCGAUCCGGAGCCGAAGCCGCCGCCACCGACAAGCCCGCGGCGGCCCUGGGUGCCGGUCCGGGGAGUGCCGAACGGGAAACAACCCCGGGGCCCACCGAACCGGCGGCGGGGGAUCCCGCAACGACCGCACCACUCCACGCGGGGGAAGAAGCGAACCCGAACCACCCGUCGGGGGAUGCGACCGGCACCACCCCGAAAGGUUCCGGCGGCCCGAAGCGGACCCCGGCGAGCGCCGGAUCGCGGUCCACCGCCAGCGAGGCCACGUCCGUGGUCACGCCGUCGAAGACGACCCCCCGGGCCCUGGUGCGGUUCUUGCUGCGAAAAAAGUUCCCCGUGCUGGCGGACUGCGUCGCGUACAUCCGCGACGUUCUCUCGGGAAUGGUCUCGGGAUCCCCAGCCCUCCUGCAGAAGCACCUCACCGCUUCGGAAACGGCGUCGCUGUCGUCCUUUGGGUUGCCCCAAAACGGCAGCAACAACACCAGCAGCAACGGGAGCAACCAACAACAACAACAACAACAACAAGCGCAGCACGAAGCACUCUUGGGAUUCGAGGACAUCUGCAAUCGACAGGAAGCCCUCCUCGACCGAAUGGCCGGUCUGGAGUCGGCCCUCGGGAAGCGGGAAGAGGAGUCCCCGGUACCGGCCCCCGAGCGGGAGUCGCUCGAAUCACCCCGAGCGGCCGAGGCGGCGCUCCGGCUGGAGCUGGAGGAAGCCAGGGCGUCGGCGGCGUCGGUCAAGGAGUUCUUCCGGUCCCGCCUGGAGGAGCAGUUCCGCGAGCUGGAAAAGCGGGACGCCCUCCUAAGGGAGAGGGAGCGGGAGCUCGAGGCCGCCCGCGGCGAGAACGAGAGGCUCCUGGCCCGGCUCGGGACAAGAAGCAGGGAAUCCUCCACUCCGGAGCGGCAGGUCCGCCACCGGCAGACGGAAGGCCGGGGCCAGCUGAGGCGAUCGCCGCGGUCCCUGGCCCGGUCGGGCCGCAGCGAGAACCCGACGGGGCCGCGUGUGGCCGGACCGGGAGGAGGCACAACGAGCAGCGUCCGGGAGCGGCAGGUCUUCCACUGGCAGGAAAGCUGGCCCUGAUGGCUCGCAACGCGGGCACUGCGCGGGGGAAUCGGACAGAGUAAGACUUCCGUGGUUGGGGUCCUGGUUGUUGGAUUUCUGGUUCGAACGACCGAAGCGAACAGAGGGGGCCAUUACAGUACAGUACCGUAAUUCUAAAAGUAACAAAAAAAUCCAAAAUUUAAAAAAUUAUUCUGCUACAC